AUGUUCUCUGCUACACUUCCCAUUUCCUUCACAGCCAUGUCUGCAAAUGCCAACACAAUGCAAUCCCUAGGUUUCUCUUACCGCAUGGUUCCUUCCGGUAGCCGUCUCUCUCCGGCGAGGCUCACCGGCGUCUCAAUGGGUAGCUCACUCUCGGUUAAUUCUCUCACAUUGAGGUGUUCUACAUUUACUACUUUUGCAGUUGAUGAAGGAAGGAAGUUUGUGGAGGCUUCAAAAAAUGGAAACUUGAUUCCUCUCCGUCAGUGCAUAUUCUGUGACCAACUUACUCCUGUUCUUGCUUACCGGCUCUUGGUUAAGGAAGAUGACCGGGAUGCUCCAAGCUUUCUUUUUGAGUCUGCAGAGCCUAAUUUUGAAGCUACGGGUGUGGGGCGCUAUAGUGUUGUAGGAGCUCAUCCAAUAAUGGAAGUUGUGGCAAAAGAAAAUAAAGUUACAAUAAUGGACCAUGAAUUUGGGCAUUUAACUGAGGAAAUUGUCGAUGAUCCUAUGGUGGUUCCCAGAAGAAUCUCGGAGGGUUGGAAAACCUCUCUUACUGAUGGUCUUCCAGAUGCAUUCUGUGGUGGUUGGGCUGGUUAUUUCUCGUAUGACACAGUUCGUUAUGUGGAAAAGAAGAAGCUACCAUUUUCAAAUGCUCCAAAGGAUGACAGGGAUCUCGCAGACAUACAUCUGGGCCUCUAUGAUACUGUGAUUGUGUUUGAUCAUGUGGAGAAGAAAGCACAUGUGAUUCUUUGGGUGAACAUUGAUCGACACUCCUCGGCUGAGAUUGCUUACAAGAAUGGAAUGGAACGAUUAGAAAAACUAGUGGCCAAAUUACAAGAUAGCCAACUCCCAAGGCUGUCUCCAGGCUCUGUGAAUUUGCAAACUCGCCAUUUUGGUACUCCUUUAAACAAGUCAAACAUGACAUGUGAAGCAUUCAAGGAGGCAGUUCUUCAGGCAAAAGAACAUAUUAAAGCUGGGGAUAUUUUUCAAAUUGUGUUGAGUCAGAGAUUUGAACGAAGAACAUUUGCGGAUCCGUUUGAAAUUUAUAGAGCAUUGAGAGUUGUGAAUCCGAGUCCAUAUAUGAGUUAUUUGCAGGCUAGGGGAUGUAUUCUGGUUGCUUCAAGUCCAGAGAUUCUUACGCGUAUAAAGAAGAAUAAGAUUGUGAAUCGUCCAUUGGCUGGGACAGCUAGAAGGGGGAAGACACCUGAAGAAGAUAAAAAGUUAGAAGUGAAGCUCCUGAGUGAUGAAAAGCAAUGCGCAGAGCAUAUCAUGCUGGUUGAUUUGGGGCGCAAUGAUGUUGGAAAGGUCUCAAAAAGUGGUUCUGUGAAAGUGGAAAAGCUUAUGAAUGUUGAACGAUACUCCCAUGUCAUGCACAUAAGCUCAACGGUUACGGGAGAGUUGCAAGACCAUUUGACUAGCUGGGAUGCCUUACGUGCUGCAUUGCCUGUUGGAACUGUCAGUGGAGCUCCAAAGGUGAAGGCCAUGGAGUUACUUGAUAAGAUGGAGGCGACAAGGAGGGGGCCUUAUAGUGGAGGAUUUGGAUAUAUCUCUUUCUCUGGGGAUAUGGACAUUGCUCUAGCUCUCAGGACAAUGGUAUUUACAACAGGAACUAGGUAUGACACAAUGUUCUCAUACAAAGACCUGAACCUGCGCAGGGAGUGGAUUGCUUACCUUCAAGCUGGUGCUGGUAUAGUUGCUGAUAGUGACCCUGAUGAUGAGCACCAGGAAUGUCAAAACAAAGCUGCUGGUCUUGCUCGCUCCAUUGACUUGGCUGAAUCAGCAUUUGUUGGCAAAGGAGAUGUCUGA